AUGUCCACCCUAUACCCAUCCCUGGAGGACCUGAAGAUGGACCAAGCCAUUCAGGCCCAGGCCAGAGCUGCACCCAGAAUGCCUGCCCUGCCAGUCUCCCAGUCUUCAGGUGAGUGAGCCAUUUUGUACCCAAGCCUGGCAGAAUUGGAAAAUUAUAUGGGUCUUUCCCUCUCCAGCCAAGAAGUCCAGCAGAACCUGCUUCAGAUUCCAGAAGGUGCUAGUACGGUGGGCUCUGGCUCCUCGCCGGGCCAGCUGGUGGCACCACUGUCUGGGAACAGCCUUGGCACACGGCGUGCGGAGAUCAAGCCCGGGGUGCGUGAGAUCCACCUGUGCAAGGAUGAGCAUGGCAAGACUGGGCUGCGGCUAAAGGCCAUUGACCAGGGGCUCUUCGUGCAGCUGGUGAAGGCCAACAGCCCUGCGUCUCUCGUGGGGCUGCGCUUCGGGGAUCAGAUCCUGCAGAUUGACGGGCGUGACUGUGCCGGGUGGAGCACGGACAGAGCCCACCGGGUGCUGAAGAGAGCAUCGGUGGAGAAGAUCGUCAUGGUUGCUCGGGACAGGCCCUUCCAGCGGACCGUCACCAUGCACAAGGACAGCAUGGGCCACAUCGGCUUUGUCAUCAAGAAGGGGAAGGUCAUCUCUGUGGUCAAAGGGAGUUCUGCGGCCCGCAAUGGGCUCCUCACCAACCAUGCCGUGUGCGAGGUGAACGGGCAGAACGUCAUCGGGCUGAAGGACAAAGAAGUCACAGAGAUUCUGGCCAUGGCCGGGAACGUUGUCACCUUGACCGUCAUCCCCACUGUGAUCUACGAGCACAUGGUCAAAAAGUUGUCCCCGACCCUGCUCCACCACGCCAUGGACCACUCGAUCCCAGAUGUAUGA